AUGUCCGAUACAACAGACUCACACGAGUCAACUGCGGCUCAGGAUUACUACUCAAGUUUUGACAAUGAGGGCUCGUUUGUGGAAAAGUUCAAGAAUAUCGACGAUGAGGCGCAACAUUCAGCUGCCAUGCUCCGCCUAAAGGACCCUCUUACUCAGAAUUUUGUGCUUGAUUUCGGGAACGAAGAGGCAUGGUGUGCAUUUAAUCUAGGCACCGACGAACUGAAACUAUUGCUCAGCAAGCCAGCGAUUACCAAACAAUAUGGAGUGUCCGAACGACUACAGGGAAUGAUGUGCGCGGAGCCAGUGGCUACUGCGCACGAAACUACACCUACGCCAUUACCAACCAAGAGACUCUCGCAAUCGACUGUUGCGCCGUCAUUCCGUAACGAAGUAGACGACCCGGAGAAUGCACUCAAGCAUCUUGCCGAUCUAGACAAAUCCCGCGACUCAGCGUCAUUCAAGAAUCUCACCUUUUCACAAGUCACGGAUCAAAUAUGGCACUUCUCUUCUGUGGAUCAUGGUCCUCGAUACACAUGUAUCGGCUAUAAUACGUUGUUUGUGAUUUCCAAGCUAUCACAAUCAAAUGGCAAAGGUCUCCCAGAUGGAAAACGGCUUUGGACAUGGCUGAUCCAGUGCAAUGAUGAAGCCAGGCCAGUCCUCGAGAUCGUGCGCAGGAACAUCCGCCUUAUUUUCUCUGGCGUUUCGAAACAGCACUUAGCCAGUUCCGAGAGUGAGUCUCUCAUCACCAUCCGGGUGCGACAUUUUAGUGACCUCGGACCGGAUCAAGCGAAUAUCAAGCAGGAAGAUGGACCAAGUUUGCUUUUCUACUAUAUCUUCGAUGACUGGGUGUCAAGCUAUGGACUUAUCGCAAAGCGAGAACACAAAUAUGGUGUUGCUUUAGAUGAAUUGAGAGGCCAAAUGCUGGAGCGUCCGAUAGUGGAAUUGGUGGAUGAGUUGCACUGGCUAGGCCGACGACUCGCAGUUCUCAAACGAUUGUAUCAGAGCUAUGAGCUUAUCAUGCGGCGACUGUUGCAACGGCAACGCAUGCUCCGCGACGAAGCGCGUUCGUCUCAACCAGCCCCAAUGACGUAUGGAGCCACCUUUGGCGAUCUGGAGUACGCGGAUAUGCGCCAGUCGAGUAUCGCGAGCAAUUCCAUUUAUCCCAACGUCAAUGAGAAAUCGGUCGGGGUGCAGCUGAGCUCAACGGCCGUGGCGCGCUUUGAACGGUUGGUUGAUCGCAUCAAUCUGUACUGUUUGAGCGAGAUUGAGAACUGUCUCAAUGAGAAAGAGACCUUGACAUUCCUGAAUUUCAAUUUGAUUGCGCUUAAGGAUUCGCAGGCUGUUGAGAAGCUCACUCGGAUCACUAUCUUGCUGGCUAAGGCGACUAUUUUGUUCCUGCCGGUUAGCUUGAUGAGUGCAUACUUCUCGACGGAACUCAUUGGUGUGAAGAAUGGAUACACCAAGGCUGAUUAUUGGGUCAGUUUCGCUGUUAUCUUUGUUGCAUCCAUCUUGGUCUUGACCGUUUUCGGUUAUGCCAGCGAUACGAUGGAAGGUAAAACGAUUUAUCGGUCCAUGAUACGAACAUUCUUCCGGAAGUCUCGUCAAAAAAUAAUGCGACGACCAGAGAGGCAAUAA